AUGGAUGGCUCAUCAUCGGGCAUCCAAGAACCUUUUGAUUUGAUUCGUCUUUCUCUCAGUGAACGGGUCUUUGUUAAACUACGAGGGGAUCGUGAAAUGACUGGAAUAUUACAUGCGUAUGACGGGCAUAUGAAUUUGAUUCUCAGCGAUGUAGAAGAAACUAUUAUGAUUGUCAAUGAAGGGGAACAGGCAACCGUCAAUGUCGCAAAACGAAAAAUGGAUAUGCUCUUUGUUAGAGGAGACGGCGUGAUCCUCGUAGGUUUUUACAUUGUAUAG